GCCCCGCCGCUUCCGCUUGCCCAGGGGCCGCCCGGGGAGCCAGGACGAGCCGCCUGGGCUCUGCGUAGCCGGCAGCUUGGGGGCUCCAUCCCACACCCUCUGCACAUGAGGCCAUGAGGCACCCACUGGACCAGGGCCAGGUCACCCCUCCCUGCCCCUCACCCCAUCCAGGAGCUCCUUGCUGUCCCACAUCUGGGAGCUGAGGGAGCCCUGAAGGCUGGGGGCCUGCCUGUGAGGGGGUGUCUUUGCCGGGCACCAGCCCCAGCUCCCACCAGCCACACCUUCUGCCAGGUCUCAUAGAAUACUGGACAGAAUCAAGCUGGUCCCCAUUGCACAGAUGGGGAAACUGAGGCCAGAGAAAGCGGAGCACCUGGCCCCUUGCCAUACCAGAAGACCCCGCUCCCUCUGGAACCUUUUGCUCCUGCUGUGGACCUUCCUGAAUUGUGGUUUGGGGGGCAACACUCAGGGUCCGGGUGAGUGGACGCCAUGGGGUUCCUGGAGUCGCUGUUCCAGCUCUUGCGGGCGAGGGCUCUCAGUGCGCAGCCGGAGAUGUAUCCGGUUUCCAAGGGAAGAGCUGUGCUGGGGGAACACCCAUGAGUACCGCCUCUGCCAGCAGCCUGACUGUCCCCCGGCAGCCAUGCCCUUUCGAGACCUCCAAUGUGCCCUCUACAAUGGCCACCCCGUCCUAGGCACCCAGAAGACCUACCAAUGGGUGCCCUUCUAUGGUGCACCCAACCAGUGCGACCUCAACUGCCUAGCGGUGGGGCACGACUUCUAUCACAGCUUCGGUCGCGUGCUGGACGGUACCCCCUGCAGUCCGGGCGCCCAGGGACUCUGCGUGGCUGGCCGCUGCCUCAGUGCCGGCUGUGACGGUUUGCUGGGCUCCGACGCCCACGAAGACCGCUGCGGCCGCUGCGGCGGGGCCAACGACUCGUGCCUCUUCGUGCAGCGCGUGUUCCGCGACGCCGGUGCCUUCGCUGGGUACUGGAACGUGACCCUGAUCCCCGAGGGCGCCAGACACAUCCGCGCUGCCCACCGGAGCCGGAACCACCUGGCGCUGAUGGGGGGCGACGGGCGCUACGUGCUCAACGGGAACUGGGUGGUCAGCCCGGCCGGGACCUACGAGGCAGCGGGCACCCGCGUGGUCUACACCCGCGCCACAGGGCCGGAGGAGACGCUGCGCGCCGCCGGGCCCACCUCCGAAGACCUGCUCUUGCAGGUCCUCCUGCAGGAGCCCAACCCAGGCAUUGAAUUCGAGUUCUGGCUCCCUCGGGAGCGCUAUGGCCCCUUCCAGGCGCAGGCUCAGGUCUUGGGCUGGUCCCCGCGGCAGCCUCAGCCUCGGGAGGUAGAACCUCAGCCCCUUGAGUCCCCCACUGUCAUCCCUCCACGGACCCCGAUCCCCACUCCAGAGCCCUGUCCACCCUGCCCUGACACCCGCGGUCGUGCCCACCGGUUGCUCCACUAUUGCGGCAGUGACUUCGUGUUCCGGGCCCGAGUACUGGGCCGCAUCCGCCAGGCCCAGGAGACCCGCUAUGAGGUGCGUGUGCAGCUCAUCUACAAGAACCGCUCUCCACUGCGGGCCCUGGAGUACGUGUGGGCGCCAAGCCGCUGCCCUUGCCCCCCGCUGGCCCUCCAUCGGGACUACCUGCUGGCUGCCCGGCGCCUCAUCAGCCCUGAUGGCACCCAGGACCGGCUGCUGCUCCCCCAUGCUGGCUACGCCCGGCUCUGGAGCCCUGCCGAGGACAGCCGCGUGCGCCUGGCUGCCCGGCACUGCCCUCUCUGAGCCCCUGGACCAGACCUUGGCCACACCUGGGUGACUAGACUCAAAGUCAGCAUAUGUCUCCUCUUGCUGUAGCUGCCAGGGAGCUAGGCACUGUUGGUUUUCCACCUGCAGCUCUAUGACUCUCCCAUCAUCACACUCAGACACCCCUACAUGCAGAGCUGCUCUCACCAGCAGGCCCACAUGGGUGGGGACUCACUGAACAGACUUAAUUCUGGUCUCCUCACCUUGGCUGCCAGGAAGCCCAUAGCUGUUCUACACUCAGAGACUUUGUGUCUGCUUUUAUUCCCCUUGCUUCACACUCAUGUGCUCAGAGACAUUGUCACACACAAGCCUGGUCCCAGGAAAACAUACCUAAAGGGACGUUGUAAUGGUUUUCCCUCUUGUCCUGCCUACCAGGAAGUUCACUGUUUAACCCCCGACACUCUCUCCUUUCACGCUGCUACUUACACAUGUACUCUCACGUUUUCAGAGACACUGUCACAAACAGGCAUGACCCCCAGAAAACAUGCCUACCCAGACACUGUAACAUACCAAUUUCCCCUUUUGCCCUUGCUACCGGGAAGUUCACAGAUAAUCUUAACAGCUUCAGCAAUUUGAGGGUGGGGUGGGCUUUCCUCCAGGCAACCCUGCUGUUCACCCUUUUUUUAUUCCUAUUUUUACAAGAGCUGUUUUUUAAAAAAAAAAAAAAAACAAGCCCAGUUACACACACUUGGCCGCUUGGCCGCAGACACUUUGGAAUGCGCUGGUAGUGAGAUCCACAAUCAUGCUCCCUGCCCACCCCCCCCCCCCCAACCAACCCCCAUGUGCACAUGUGAUCAUGUGCCCUUUGUCCCUCCUCCUCCUGGUCCAGCCCCCAACUCCCUCCAGCAUGACUGACCCUGGGAAGACCGUGAUGACAGGAAAUAGAUGAUACGGGAAGGUGGGGGUUCCUUAGGUCCCAUCCCCAUUCCCCUUGGGGCCACACAUCCAUCUCAGGCCAUUUUGGGGGGGACCCUUCCAGCAGGGUAGGGAGGUCAGUGCCCCACCUUCAGCCUGUGCCUUGUCCUCGUGUUCUGGAUGUGGUCUCCUCAUAGCUUCUAGAGCCAGGAGGGUAGGCCUAUGUCAUAUGGAUUGGAAGUGUCUGCGGGGUACCAGCAAACCUCUGCUUCUGCCUCCCCACCCUGAGUGGGGUGGCUCAUGCCAUCAUCUGAGACAACCUGCUCACCUGUACAGUCCGUGGUUGUUUUCCUCUGGGGCACAGGAUGGUGGGAGUGUGCAAGGGGUGCAGGACAUGCAGGUCUCAAUGGACUCAACCCUUGACCUUGCGGGUGAUCUCUGGUCAAGCCCUGCAGCUCUCUGGGAUCUGUGUGUACCCGUUCAGCCCUACUCAGCCCUGACCAUGGGAACCACACCCUUUGGGACUCCAGCCCUACCCCCUCCGUCCGCUCGUGCCUUCCUCCAAAGACUAUUUAUUGAGCGCCUACUGUACGCCUGGGACCAGCAGCGCGUGGGGCAGCCCAGGCCUGGCCCCUUCUUCUGCAAGAAGUGAUGAAGCCAGAGGAUCUCAGGACCGCCCCCUCCAGCGAGGCUGAGCGGGUCGCAGCUCUGGACGGAGGCGUGUGGCCCGCGCGCCCCCUGGUGACAGGACGGGGAAGAAGGGAUUCCGCGCUCUGGGUGUUACCUGCAGUCCCCAGUUCAGUCGCUCAGUCGUGUCCGACUCUUUGCGACCCCGUAAAUCGCAGCACGCCAGGCCUCCCUGUCCAUCACCAACUGCCGGAGUUCACUCAGAUUCACGUCCAUCGAGUCAGUGAUCCCAUCCAGCCAUCUCAUCCUCUGUUGUCCUCUUCUUCUCCUGCCCCCAAUCCCUCCCAGCAGUCCCCAAGGGAUCCCGAAAGGCCCAGGUGGGCCCCUCUGCCUCACUGCAGUGCGGGGAUGGAUCGGGGAAGUUGAGUCUCCGGCUUCCUGCGCCCCGGAGCUCUGUGGAGUAGCGCUGCCAUCUACUCCCCAGCCAGCCGGGCCGGUUGGCCAGGGCGAGGCGCCUGCCCGGGGUGGAUUUUGGGGGUGGGGGAAGAAAGACGCCAGUGCAGGGUUCAACUAGCAGACAGCGUGGCCUGUGACCCCACCAGCCGCGACUUCUCGAAGCCGCUGCUUCAGGCGGCAACAUUGUUUCCGGAAAUGACCAUGUAACCAGGGAUCAUGGAGCCAUUUAAACAGAGAACACAUUGCAAUUUUAAAGAUACUCGAAUUCAGCAGCGUAGUUGAGGUCGAAACUAGCAUUAGCACUUGCCCAGCAAAAGUUCCACACCGCUUUGACGCUUUCCUUUUAAACGUGAAUAAAAAGGCCAGGUGGUUACAUGC